AACCUUGCUAGUAACAAUAUUGGUGGACUCUUUCCUAGCAAAGUGGUAUCACAUCUGCAAAACUUGGUGAUGUUGGACUUGAGUUUUAAUUAUCUUUAUGGCGGCUUGACAACUCAAGCUUUGGCAAAUCUAAGCAAUUUGCAAGUCCUUAAAUUAGGUCAAUUAUCUCUCAAUGGAUCUCUCCCAAUUCAAGGUUUAUGUAAAAUGAAACAACUAAAAGUGCUAGACUUAUAUGGAAAUGCAUUCGAAGGAACUUUGGAUGCAUGUGUGGCAAAUUUGACAUCGCUUCGAGUUCUUGAUCUCUUCGGAAACUUCUUAAGCGGGAACGUUUUUGGACCUUGGAUUUCUAGCCUUGCAUUGUUGGAGACCCUUUCCCUGGGUAUGAAUUCAUUUGAGGGCAUAUUCUCAUUAAACAUGUUGGCUAACCAUUCAAAGCUUAAGGUGUUAGAACUCGAAGAAAUGGAUUCUGAAACGUUUCAAGUGCAAACCGAAACCUCCCCUUGGAUUGCAUCAUUUCAAUUGGAACAAUUAGACAUUUCCAGUUGCAAAGUCAACUCGCAUACAAAAACACUUCCUUCUUUCCUUUCAUCUCAGACCAGUUUGGAAAUUAUUGCCCUAUUAGAUAACGAUCUAGUUGGUUCAUUUCCCAUCAAUUGAAAGAAGUAUACUUUGGCGGCAAUUGUUUUACUGGACCUUUUGAACUACCCUUUGAUCUAAAUUAUCAUCACAUGGAUCAACUAGAGUUCUUGGACAUAUCAGACAACAAAAUCCAAGGUGAGCUCCCCAGGAACAUAGGAGUUGUCUUCCCAAAUUUAAUUCUUCUGGAUGUGUCUAACAAUAAGUUUGGCGGUCAUAUUCCCCAAUCAAUUGGAGAGAUGGAAAAUUUGACAACAUUGUAUCUUGAAAUAACAGAUUUUCUGGAAACUUACAUGAGCACAUUCUUAAUGGAUGCUUGUCAUUGUCUAGUUUGAUUAUGGAUAAUAACCAGCUAAAUGGAACACUUCCCAGUUUCACUGGAAAUCCAAAGCUUGUCUUGUUAUUUGCAUCAAGGAACAAUUUUCAGGGUUCUAUAACGAGAGAGUUUUGCAGGCUUGGACUUGCCAUUUUGGACCUCUCUUUCAAUAACCUUUCUGGUACCUUACCACCAUCUUGUUUAAAUAGGUCGUUCAUAAACUUGCAAGGAAAUAGCAUCACUGGUAAAAUACCCGAGGCACCGACGAACAUGUCAGUGUUGAUGGAUUUGAGUGACAAUAAAUUUACAGGAAGUAUUCCAGAAAGUAUAUACAGUCUCCCGAAUUUGAGGUAUUUAUUAUUGGCAGGUAAUGACCUACAAGGCCAACUUUCCAGUCAAAUAUGUCAGUUAAAAAAUCUCCAGGCCUUAGACCUUUCACGCAACAACUUAUCUGGCUUUAUUCCUUCUUGCUUGAACAAGAUACGAUUUUCAGAAGAAAGUUAUGAUACACCGAGUAGAAUACCUGGAUUCUCUUCAAGAGGUGUAGACAUCAUCGAGAAAACUUUGAUGCUUGUUUUGAUGCUUUUGUUUAUGGAACAGAAAGUGCAAUUCACAAUAAAAGCUUCUUCUCGUGAAUAUAAAGGUGAUAUACUUGAAGACAUAUCAGUAUUAGAUUUGUCAUCUAACCAAUUGACGGGAAAAAUUCCUUAUCAGAUAGGAAAUUUACGUGACCUUUAUGCACUUAACCUGUCCAACAAUAAUCUGAGUGGAUCAAUUCCAAAGAGCUUCAAGAAAUUGCAAAGUAUAGAGAGCUUGGAUCUUUCAAAUAACAAAUUGAGCGGACAGAUCCCACUUGAGUUACAAGACUUGCACUCAUUAGCUAUCUUGAAUGUGUCUUACAACAACUUAUCAGGUAGUGAUCAAGGACAAUUUGGCACCUUUGGUGAUAGCAACUACAAAGGAAACCCAUAUCUCUCUUGGGGUAUUAGCAAUAGAAGAAUUGCAGCAUCGCCACUAUCUCCCAUUCAAUUGGAUGAGGUAAACCACGAUGAUUCUUCAGUGGAUUCCACUUCCUUCUAUUGGAGUUUUGUUGCCACCUUUGUCACGGUGCUCUUGGCAAUGCUGACGAUCCUUUGGGUCAAUCCUCAUUAGCGCGGAGCGUGGUUUUAUUUUAUUGAAGGAGUUCUUCUCAAAUGUUUUGGUGGACUUCUUAGAGAUGCAUUCUACUAGGAAAAAGAAAAUUGUGUAUGAUCUAUCUUGCUAGCUUGCUUAAGAAGCCAUACUUGUAUAGCAUCACUCAAGAAGAAUAAAGUUUGUAUGCACUUCUGAACUAUUUCUAUCUCUCAAAUUCCCAUAACUUUGUUUUUAAUGUCAUUUAGUAGUUGUGUGCUAGUAAUAUGUUUUACUAUCACAAAUUCACAGUGUGCUAAAUGUAUG